AGGACAUGACUCUCACUUCUAAGUUGACUUCUAAAUUGAACGUAAAUAUUAAGAUUUGAUAAAGUUCAGCCUGACCACGGAACGAGUAGCCUAUUUACUUCAGCGGCCGAAAAUGAUCUCAGUUUCAAUGCCAGGGAUUUGAAAAUCAAGGAUUCCCCAGUUGAACCCCGUCGACCGGUUUUUGUUUGCCGAGGGAAUUUUGCGCACUUUCUUAUAGGUAACCGUCACGACGUUCGGUCAACGUGCUGGUCAAUUCAAGAUUCUCCCAUCCCUCCACUGUUCUAAUCGCACAAUGCCUUCUCCAUCAGAGCGAAAUGCGUCCAAGUUCCAACGCCAUCUCAAUGGCAUAAAACACAUCACCAAUCAUGAUCAGGAUCCAGAAAAGAUCAAAAUCGAGAACUUCAUUGGCUUCAUGCGCGUACCCCUCGGUCUUGCCGGGCCUCUGCACAUUCGUAUGCCCGGGGGCGUUGAAAAGGACAUCUGCGCACCGAUGGCGACCACUGAAGCAGCGAUGAUCGCGAGUUGCUGCCGAGGAUGCAAAGCCUUUAACGUCAGUGGAGGAAUCGAAUUCCACGCUCUGAGUCAAGGCAUGUCGCGCGCCCCGGCCUUUCGAUUCGACAGCCCGCGCGAGGCCUGUUUGUUCGCGCGUCGCAUCCGGGACUACGGGAGUGACAUAGCAAAGGUCGCAGAAUCUACCAGUCGCCAUCUCCGGUUUCAAGGCAUCGUUCCCCAUGUCAUUGGAUCGUGGGCUCACGUCGUGUUCCGGUAUACUUGCGGCGACGCGGCCGGGCAAAACAUGGUCUCCUUCGCUACCGAGACAGCCUGUGCGUGGCUGAUGAAGACGCAACUGACGGCAGAGUUGGAGAUUCGAGACUUCUGCGAGGAGGGUCAGAUGUCAUCGGAGAAGAAGGCCUCGUGGGGACACGUCACGACGUCGCGAGGCGUCGAGGUCAUUGCCUGGGGAAAGCUGUCGGACGGUGUCUGUCGAAGCGUCUUCAAAUGUUCGACAGAGAGACUUCAUCAAAUCAUGCUCGUCGGACAGGAGGGUAAUUUUCGCAACGGUCAACACGGCCAUAAUAUCGACGUCGCCAACGUCCUCGCUGCCAUCUUCAUUGCGACCGGCCAGGACGCUGCCUGCGUCACGGAUGCGUCCUGGAGCCAGCUCACGAUGGAAUACGAUCAAAGUUCUCGCGAUCUGCAGCUGAGUCUGUACUUCCCUUCUCUUCCGGUGGGGGUAGUUGGUGGAGGGACGGCGUACGAGACGCAACAGGAGGGCCUGAAGAUCAUUCAGUGCGCCGGAGCGGGCAUGAAGGAGCAAUUCGCCGGCAUCAUUGCUUGUUUUGCCUUGGCGCUGGACUUAAGCACUGCUGCAUCAGUGGCGACAAAUACGUUUGCCGGCAGCCAUGCGAAAAUGGCGCAUGGGAGGAGCGAUCAUCGGCAGCGAGCGAAGAUGUAGAGUCCAUCAGUUAUUAAGGGGCGUCCUAUUUAUAGCAGCGGAGGUUUCCACGGUGCAUCUGUCAACCCUCAACCGUCAACCGUCAACAAGUA